CCCCAAAAGCCACACACUCAAUCACUCUACCCCGGAAUUUCAAAUCCCGGGGGUUUCCACUCUCCAUGAAACCCUACACGGCUACACCAUCGUCUUGCUCUGCCAAAACCUAGCAUCAGCGACAGAUUUUCCCUCACUUUCCCGAGAAAGUUUCCUGAACCGUCCGCGUUCAUCGAACUCCUUGUCCCUGCGCUGCCUAUAAUCGCUUGAAUCUGAAGUCCUCGAUUUAGGGUUUGUUGGAAACUGCGUCUGAAUUGGAUAGUUGAUUAAGACGUGGUAGUGGAUUAAGGUUUCUGACAUGGGAAACAUGGAUGAUCGGACUUUUAGGGUUAAUUUUUCUAGCGAUGGAGUGAACUUGUUGAGAGAGACGGUUAGAGAUAAGCUCAAGGAGUUCAUGGGAGAUUACACUGAUGAUACUCUCGUGGAAUAUGUGAUUGUCUUGCUGAGGAAUGGUAGGCGUAAGGAAGAAGCGAGGAACGAGUUGAAUGUCUUUUUGGGGGAUGACAGCAAUUCUUUUGUAUCUUGGCUGUGGGAGCAUCUGUCUUCAAGUUUGAAUCUCUAUGUACAGCAUCAAGAGUCUUAUACAGAUGAAGCGUCAAAACCUAUUUCGGGAGACAGGGGUCUAAAAAAUGAUUCUCACCUCUUGGAUGCUGAACAAGAAAGAGAAAGGUCUGCUAAGCUAUCUAGACCCCGUCAUAACAGGGAAUGGAGAGGAUUAGCUAGGGAUGAUGCUGAACCACCUCCUUUUAGGAGCUCUGAGGUUGAAAAUAUUCAUUUUGAGGAGAAAGCUCAUCACAAUGUCAGUCGCCAUAGGAUAUCUCCUACUUCUCUACAUUCAGAUCAGAGGAAAAGGAGUCGACCUGAUGAGCAACCAUCCAUGAAGAGAGAGUCAGUUUCUCAAGCAACUAUUAAUGCCCCUAGAAGGUUACUUCAAUUUGCUGUGAGAGAUGCGGUUGGAACUUCUAGACCAUCUACUUUUGAUAAAGAACCUUCACUGAAACGUCUUCGUUCUGUAGUUUUGACACCUGUUGAAGACAUGGCAUCGACUGAUCAUCCUCAGAGGAUUCGGUCAGUUGCAAGAGUUCCGAACCCAAUGGCAAGAGUAAUCAAAGCUGUGGCGGAAGCUGCUGAAGAUGCAUUAAAAGUCAAAUCUGGUGGAAGUGUGUUUGAUCGACUUGGUCGUGGUAUAAGUGUUGCAGGGACUGCUGAACAGGUUGCAGAUUACUCUGAGGGUGUUGUGGAAGAUGAAGAACUUGGUGGACAAUAUGUUUCAGAUAUGACUAUGAUGCAAAGUGAAACUGCGUUGCCCUCUGAUUCUAUUUCCGACAAUGAUGGGUAUAAUGAAGUCAAUGUCAUGGGCCGCAAAAUCACACAUGUUCCCCACACUGGCACAUCUGGUGCAAGCCAUGCUGAAGGAUCUAUAAUGCUCCAGCGUGGUGUGGCAAAGAAUGAUAAUAUGCGAAUUGCACACGAAGAUCAUGGUCGAACUGGUGCUUCAGUAAAUGCUUCUCAUAAAAUAUUGAAUUUUUCUGUGCAUGUAAAUACCUGGAAGCAUUCUCAAUAUCAGAAGCCAAGUGAUGUUGCAGACAUCGAUGUUCAGAAUUCUGUCCAGGAGGGUGAGGCAGCCUUUGGUAAAUCUGAGUUGCAACUAAAGAAGCAGAACAACAACCCUGUCACUGUCAGUAAUGGCAAUGGAAAACCUGCUCAAGACAUUCCAAACGAGUUUCCGAAGACUCAGCCAUCUGCUUCUGGUUUACCAACUGCUGGUCAUCCUUUAGAGGAUGCUGAUUCCCGAACGAUUUUUGUUAGCAAUGUGCAUUUUGCUGCUACCAAGGACAGUCUUUCUCGUCAUUUUAAUAAGUUUGGGGAAGUACUGAAAGUGACCAUAGUUACUGAUGCUGCAACUGGACAGCCAAGAGGGUCAGCAUAUGUAGAAUUCAUGCGAAAAGAGGCAGCUCACAAUGCAUUGUCUCUUGAUGGAACCUCCUUUAUGUCGCGGAUUCUCAAGGUUGUGAGGCGGAGCUCUGGGCAUCAAGAAGUUGCUCCUAUUAUGACAUGGCCUCGGAUAGCUCGGGGUUCUCCAUUUGCUGCUGCCAGGUUUCCUCGAGUUCCUUUCCCAAGAGGCAUGCCUGGGACGUUUAGGCCUCGUCUUCCAAUUAAAUCUGGUGCCAGGAGUUUUCAGUGGAAGCGAGAUGCUCAGCCCACCCAAGCUGAAAGUGGUGCUUUAGUCCCUGGGGGCAAUAUUCCCUCUCCCACUGCUCGGAGUCUCACCUACAUCCGAACAGAGCCUAAAGCAGAUGGGAGUACCGGUACUACUUAAUUGAAGAUUCAUAUUUUAUUCUGCUAGUGGCGUGUUGAGCCAUGUUAACUGGGUCAAUAAAAUAUUCACUUAAAGAUCAAGAAGAAUCCAAGAGUGUCUUCUGUUAAUGGCUUAUGACCCUAGCGUAAAUGGAGACGUUCCAGGAAUAGAUUAACAGAUUGACUAGGAAGGGUUUUCUUUCUUAGCAAAUAUUUUGGCAUUUUAUUUUCUGAUUGGGAGGAAGAGGGACUGAUCUAAAUCCUUUCCCUGCAUGCAGCUUUCCUGCCCUGAGUUAUGGAUCCUAUCAGAUGGAAAAUUUGUGAAUAGGGUGGAUGGGUGAUUGGUCUAUUUUGUUUCGUUAUGGGAUCAUUGUUUUUGUCUCCUUUUGGAUUAUUAUUGAAAAAAAGAGGAAAAUAGGUGAGAAAACUUUAUAGAAAACUGGUUAGCUUAUAAAAAAAAGAUACUGGUUAAGUUUGCUCGCAUUUCAGCUGUUUUAUUUGAUUUGAUUAUAACGUGUCAGUUGCCACAUCUUGUUGUAAAUACUGUGUUUUAUACGUGAUGAUCAUCAUUAUAGUUGAGGUGUGUUAA